GUAUAUAUAUAUUUUGAGGGCACAUUCUCUAGUUUCAGUUGAUGAUUACACUCCAUUCAGGACUCUUUCUCCUUCCUCGCACACCCAAUCUCUCCACUAUUGCGCGUGGUCUCUCUCCGAUUCUCAGACCCAAUUCGUCAUUUUUUCUCAAACCCCCUCUUUUUACAAGCCCUAAUUUGAAAUUCCCCAUGUCUUCUUCACGCCCUUCGGCUUUCGAUGCUUUAAUGUCAAAAGCUCGAGCCGCUGCGAAGAAAAAACCCCAGUCCGAGGCUUCUCCAGCCAAGAAACGCAAGACCCAGGAGUUAGUUUCUGUAAAAGAGGUUGAGAACGCGAGUUUGGAUGACGCGCAUCAGGUGUUUGAUAAAAAGAGUAAACAAGAAAAUGUUGUGAAAUGUGGUGAUAAUGUGGGUACUGAGGUUUUGGCAAAUGGGUGCAAGGAAGGUAAGGUAAAUUUGAGUCUGGAUGAGAAAUUGGCGGUUAAGAAGGCCGAGGCUGUUAGUUUGGAUGAGAGUAUUGCACAGUUGAAGAAUAAGCCGGCGAAUUUUGAUCCAAAGAAAGCUGCAUUUUGGGGGGAGGGUAAGAAAGUUCCGUUUUCGUUUGUGACUAGAGUGUUUGAUGCUGUUGACAAGGAGUCAGGGAGAAUUGUGAUUACUGAGAUUGUGUGUAAUAUGUUGAGGACUGUGAUACAGACGUCACCGGAUGAUUUGCUUCCGGUUGUUUAUCUUUUAGCGAAUCGGAUCGCACCUGCUCAUGAAGGGUUGGAGCUUGGAAUUGGGGAUGCGAGUAUUAUUAAAGCGCUGGCUGAAGCUUGUGGAUGCAAUGAAGCUCAGAUUAGGAAGCAGUACAAAGAUUUGGGAGAUUUGGGAUUGGUUGCAAAAGCCAGCCGCUCAUCACAGUCUUUGAUGCGCAAACCUGAGGCAUUAACAGUCACUAAGGUCUUUAACACAUUUCAGCUCAUUGCCAAGGAAUCUGGCAAGGAUAGUCAAGAGAAGAAAAAGAACCAUAUCAAGGCACUCCUUGUUGCUGCUACUGAUUUUGAGCCUCUGUAUAUGAUCCGCUUACUGCAGACAAAAUUACGAAUUGGUUUGGCAGAGCAAACUCUAUUGGCUGCUCUGGGUCAUGCUGCUUAUUACAGUGAAAAGCGUUUCAAACCUCCUGCAAAUAUAGAUUCUCCUUCAGAAGAGGCUGCAAAGAUAGUUAAACAAGUUUACUCUGUGCUUCCCGUCUAUGACAAAAUAAUCCCUGCCAUCCUUACUGGUGGUGUAUGGGAUCUCCCGAAGGCAUGCUGUUUUACACCCGGGAUUCCUAUUGGGCCUAUGCUAGCAAAACCAACGAAAGGAGUGUCUGAGAUUUUGGAUAAGUUUCAAGAUAUGGAAUUCACAUGCGAAUACAAGUAUGAUGGAGAACGUGCUCAGAUACAUUACUUGGAGAAUGGUUCAGUUGAGAUUUACAGUCGAAAUGCUGAAAGAAAUACGGGAAAGUUUCCAGAUGUUGUUUCUGCUCUUUCAAGACUAAAGAAGUCAUCUGUUUCAUCAUUUGUUUUGGAUUGCGAGCUUGUCGCUUAUGACCGUGAGAAAAAGAAAAUCUUACCUUUCCAGGUUUUAAGCACACGUGCCCGCAAAAAUGUAAUGAUCAGUGACAUCAAAGUUGAAGUUUGCAUUUUUGCAUUUGAUAUUCUUUACCUGAAUGGUCAGACACUUCUACAGGAGCAGCUUAAUGUUCGUAAGGAACAUCUGUAUAAGUCAUUUGAGGAAGAACCCUGCUAUUUUCAGUUUGCUACAGCAAUGACAUCCACUGAUCUUGAGGAAAUACAGAAGUUUCUUGAGGAUUCUGUCGAUGCAAGCUGCGAGGGACUGAUUAUCAAAACAUUAAGUAGAGAUGCUACAUAUGAACCUUCAAAGAGGUCAAAUAACUGGCUCAAACUAAAGAAAGAUUACAUGGAAAGUAUUGGCGAUUCACUUGAUCUAGUACCUAUUGCUGCUUUCCAUGGACGAGGGAAACGAACUGGUGUAUAUGGCGCUUUUCUGCUUGCUUGUUAUGAUAGCAGCAGCGAAGCAUAUCAAACCAUUUGUAAAAUCGGCACUGGAUUUACUGAACAAGUGCUUGAGGAGAGAUCUACCAGUCUACGUUCUAAAGUGAUCCCAAAGGCAAAGUCCUACUAUCGUUAUGCAGAUAAGAUUUCUCCAGAUGUAUGGUUUGAAACAACCGAGGUUUGGGAGGUCAAAGCUGCAGAUUUGACCAUCAGUCCCGUCUAUUGUGCUGCCAUCGGGAUUGUGGAUUCUGAGAAGGGCAUCUCUCUCCGAUUUCCACGGCUGGUUCGUGUACGAGAAGACAAGGCUCCAGAGCAAGCUUCAUCAUCGGAACAGGUAGCUGAAAUGUAUAAAGCUCAAAAGCACACCCAAAAGCACUACGAAGAUGAUGAUAAGGACGAGUGAAGAAGCAAAAGCUUCCAUGGAUCACAGUGCAAAUGGUCCAGCUGCUGUAUUUCUCUAAGAUUGUCCAUAGUGAUGACUCUGCCCCCAACAAGUAACUUGAUGUUGAUAUCUGUUACUACCCUAUGAGUCAGGUUAGCCACUGGAAGAUCUGUACCGGGAUAGAGACAUUUCUAUAUAAAGCUGUACCCUUUCGAAAUUGUUCCAACCUGUAUGCUAAUGAUCUGGCCCAUAUUCAUGUUUUAGACUUUAGGACUCCAGAUUUUUGAUCCGGAUGCUUUUUCUGACUUAAUAGAUGGCUAUAUAGCAUAUUAGCGUGUUAUAUUGUAUACUUGUAUAUUGUGCCUAUCAAAGUCUUGACUUCUUCCUCUGA